UCCUAGUGUGUCGGUACGCUAGCUCAGCGUUGCAGCUCAAGGGCGCAGGGCUCUGAUAGACGCGCAAGAUAACGAGAGCGAACGCAGAUAGCACCGUUUAUCGAUAAACGACCGUCCGGAAGCGCCUCGGCCUCUACGCCACCGAUGCGGCAGCACAAGGUCAGGAGCAGAGCUGCACUGCACCUGCUCCUUUUGCGAGCAGCAGGGGCCCUGCAAGCCGUAGCGCCGCGCAAAGCCGCGCCAGUCCUCGCGCCGCCGACGGCGGACUUGGUUCUGAUUGAUGGGGACAAUGUGAGAGGCAAGACGGCCUUCGCGGUCUCCGCGCAGAGCCUCCUCGCGCAGACGAGGACCUUCGCGGUGACGCAAGACGCGGUCCUAUACAUCGACCACGGCCUCGCCGCCGAGUGCCUCGCCGUGGACGACAAGCUGCGAGUGGUCUUCGCCGGCACGGCCCAAAGCGCCGACGACUGCAUCGUGAGGGACGUUGCAUACUUACUAGAAGAAAACCCCUCUUUAAGUGUCAGCGUCGUUACAUCCGACUCGGGUCUCAUCGCGCGGUGUAGGAAAGCAGCGCGCGCUAGGGGGCGCAACGGCCGCCUCGACAUUUGUGGGUCGGUGCGCUUUGCGGAAACGGUUUUGGACGAAGCCCUUGGCGCUGACGCCGUGGACCACGUUUCUGCAAAUGAAGACCACGUGGCCGUCGCCAAGGCCCUGCAGGUCUCGACGGAGCGCGCGUCGCUGAAACGAGUGCGCAAUAAACGACUCACUAAAAAACGGCGAAAAGGCACCACAAACGACGUGACCGCGUCCUUGGCUUCGUUAAAUGGCUUAAAUGAUAAGCCGAUCAAGACGCCCGACGCCGCCCUCGAGGAGCUCGUGUCGAAUGGUGCGACGCUACCUCAACUCGAGGCCGCCAUCAGGCAAGCGGGAGGCGGCCUUCGAGGGCGCGAGAAGACCUGGGAGCGGUGCGUGCGCGCGGCCUACUUGCACAAGUGUCUUCGAGGUAAGACGGCAGCACCGCAUAAGGUGCUCGACGGCCUCGCGGUCUACGUCAACAAGCUCAUGACUAGCCGGGCAUUGGCGCGCGAGGCCGUCCUGAAAACUGCUAAAAGGCCGCCCCGCCUCAAGGUGAAGAAACGUCUAGAACCCCUCAAACAACUGAAACAGAUUGAGAGCGUCUCCUCAAAGACGUGGCCGGGCGGCUGGCCGGUUGACGUGAGCGUCAUCGAGACGCCGAGAGGUGCUUUCUUGCCAGAUCUCGUCAAUUGUUCAGUAGCUCUAGUAUCGGACACGCACGGCUUUCGUAUUGACGAUUUGCCGAUGAAGGGCGACGUGUUAAUCCACGCGGGCGACUUUUGGCUCGAUACGCAGAACCGGAAUAGGAACGCCAAGGCGUUUGAGGACUUCGACGCGUGGCUCUAUCGGCAGGACUUUACGCACAAGAUCGUGCUGCGGGGUAAUCAUGAUCCUGUCAGGUGUGAAUUCAAGGCGUCGAACGCUACUUAUAUCGCCGCGAAAAGGCAGACUAUUGAUAUAAAUGGUCUGAAGGUCUACUGCGUGCCUCAUGGUUCGGCUGUCUCCUUGACGAAGGACUUCAAGGCUCUGAAGGAGUUACGCGACGCGGACAUACUGCUGACCCAUGCACCUCCUAGAGGUACGUUGGAUACUACGUAUGAGGGCAACAACGCCGGCUCCAAGGCCUUGCGGGACGCCUACUACAAUGCUUGUGACGACGAGGCGCCGACGCUGUGGGUCUGCGGCCACAUCCAUGAAAGUGCAGGCGCCGCGCGCGUCGGGGCCACGACGAUAAUUAAUGCAGGAAUGGCGAACGCGGGCCGCGCCAAAAGAUUGGACCGCGGCUUCGUCGCCGUCGGGGCGGAUCUUGCAGAGGCGCCGCGCGCGCCUCCCUCACCACCUCCUGUUGAGGAAGUCGAGGAGGAACUGACCAUGGUGGGCCCCGCGCUGCCUCGUUUGUUAGCCGUUGAUCUGGGCGAAAAGACCGUCGGGGUAGCUUUAUAUGAUGAACAAGGUGCGCUGCUCGACUUCGCUGCGGCGACCGAUGAAGAGGACGGCGCCCGGGCCGUCGUCGCCGCGGCGGAGCGGUGCCUUGGCGGGCGCCAAGCGACCGUCGUUGUGUGCGAGGGCACGGGGCGCCUCCUGGCGGACGAGGCGUUCGACGCGCUUUCCCAGAGCGGCCUCGUGGCUUGCGAGGCGCCGCACGUCAUCAACCCCGACGAGUGGCGCGCGGCCGUGCUGGCGCCGCGCGAGCGCGUCAACGCCAAAAAGGCAAAACACGCCGCGCGGUUGGUGGCGCGCCAACUCGCGGGCGGCCUCGAACAUUGGCGCGAGGACCUGACGACGGACGCGGCGGAGGCGUGCGUCUUCGGCGCGUGGGCUUGCACAGAGCUGGGCUGGCGCGAUGAUGCUAUCGUAGAGCGGUUCUCGAACGGGGACUUGCGGGUGGUGGCAAAGCGGCCGCUUGUGGAUUAACAACUUAUGUUUCUUACAGACUACAAUGAAACGU